ACUUGAUCGCGAUCAUAUGAUUAAUCAACACCCAGUUUUCCAAUUCAAUUUUCAGCUCGUUUUUUUGCAGACGUAGUCGCUGAGAGACUUCGAAAGCCUUAAAAUUAUUUACUUUUCAUUCCUAAACCAGCAAUAAAACAUCAUCAACCAUGGCCCUUAGCGACGCUGAUGUUCAAAAACAGAUCAAACACAUGAUGGCCUUCAUUGAGCAAGAGGCCAAUGAAAAGGCAGAGGAAAUUGAUGCCAAGGCGGAAGAAGAAUUUAACAUUGAAAAGGGCCGCCUUGUGCAACAACAAAGAUUGAAGAUCAUGGAAUACUAUGAGAAGAAGGAGAAGCAAGUCGAACUACAAAAGAAAAUUCAAUCCUCCAACAUGCUGAACCAAGCCCGUCUUAAGGUUCUGAAAGUCCGUGAAGAUCAUGUUAGAGCUGUAUUGGAUGAGGCUCGCAAGAAGCUUGGUGAAGUCACCAGGGAUCAAGGCAAAUAUGCCCAGAUUCUGGAAUCUUUGAUCCUUCAGGGACUCUACCAGCUUUUCGAGGCAAACGUGACCGUACGCGUCCGCCCACAAGACAGAACCUUAGUUCAAUCAGUGCUGCCAACGGUCGCCACCAAAUACCGUGACGUCACCGGCCGAGAUGUACACCUGUCCAUCGAUGACGAAACUCAACUGUCCGAAUCCGUAACCGGCGGAAUCGAACUUUUGUGCAAACAAAACAAAAUUAAGGUCUGCAACACCUUGGAGGCCCGUUUGGACCUGAUUUCGCAACAGUUGGUUCCGCAAAUCCGUAACGCCUUGUUCGGACGUAACGUUAACAGGAAAUUCACCGACUAAACACGCGGUUGUUGGUUGUUAUUUCUAUAGAUUUAGCGUCAAGUUUCACCCGAAAUAUUGUCAAAGUGACGAUAUUUUCGGGGUCUAAUUUCAUAGAUGUUAUUGCUGCAUGUAUUCCAGGGCUUUUUAGUCAUGUAUCAUUAUGUUUUAUUGUAAAUACUUUAUAAGAAAUCAAUUCAAGGAAUUCCAGAAAUUGAACAAUAGUAUUAUAUUUGUAAUUUUAUUUAAUGGAUUGUCACAUAUUAAAUUUAUGUUCUGUUAAUAAAAUAUAAUAUUCUGAAAGAAAA